AUGUCUGGAUCUCUUGUGUUUGUGACCGGGUCAACCGGCUUCAUCGGUUCGCAGGUCGUCGCUGCUACUCUUAAGGCCGGCUAUCGUCAGGACUUGUUCAAAGAAGCUCUUCAAGGAGUUGACUACGUGUUCCACCUUGCCUCUCCUAUGCCUGGGAAAGGAUCCGAUGUUCAGCGAGACUAUAUUGAUCCUGCUGUCAAAGGAACAGAAGCCAUUCUAUAUGCUGCUCUAGAGUUUCCACAGAUAAAAAAGGUUGUGGUUGUAUCAUCUGUGUUGGCAUUGGCUCCCUUCACUGCUUUACUCUCAAAGCAAGUUUCCGUGAAAGACAACACCGGCGAAAUCUUCCCAGUUGACACUUCCAUGGAUUUCCCUGAAGGAUUCACUGGCCUAGCGAUGAAAUACUCCGCUUCCAAGAUCUUAGCUCACGAGGCAACUCGCACAUUCUUGAAGAACAAGAAGCCUCACUACACCUUGAUCACAUUCCAUCCUACCUUCGUCCUGGGAGACAGUCUGGUCCAGAAGACAGCACACGAUAUCGGCGGCAUGAAUGCUCUCUUCUGGAACUCUAUCGAAUCCGAAAAGCCCAAGAUUGCUAAUGUUUGGGUUCAUGUUCGCGAUGUCGCGCAUGCGCAUGCCAAAGCUCUAGAGACUAAUAUCGAAAACGGGACAGAGUUCCUUUUGUCCAGACCGGCUGUCUCCUGGGAACAUGUUGUCAGUUUUAUCAAGGCCAAUUACCCAGCUCUUGACUGCAAGCUGGAGCCACCUUUUGAAAGGAGCUGGACUGUGGACACCACCGUUGCGGAUCAGAUCCUUGGCUUGAAGUGGAGAUCAGAGGAAGAUAUGAUUGAGGAUGUUAUCAACCAGCAGCUGGCUUUAGGGGCUAAGGCUUCUAUUUAA